AUGGCUCGCACGCUCUCACCUGAGGAAUACCAGGAAAUCGGCAAAUCUUACUACAAGCUCAAGCAAUACGAAAAAGCUGUGGAAGCCUUCACGAACGGCAUCGACGCGUCGGUGAAUCCCUCCACAACGCUAUACGACUACCGCGCUGCCGCGUACGAGAAACUCGCCGACUUCGCCGCAGCCGUCAAAGAUGGGCGUCUUGCGAUCCGCACACACAAGCACAAUGUGAAGGGCUAUUUGCGCACGGCGAGCGCGCUGCAGAGGAUGGGCAAGCUGGACACAGCGCUGAACAUCUACAAGUACGGCAUGAAGAAUGUGCCGGUCGAAGACAAGGACUUUCAGCUUCUCCAGCAGUUGCACAACAAACUUACGCGCAAGCUUUCCCCACCCAAAGCCAUCGACCCUUUCACGAUCCUUCCGGUGGAGCUUGUGGAGAUGGUCAUCGGCUAUCUCUCUUUCAAGAACAUGAUGAAUUGCCUUCGUGUCUGCAGAGGCUGGAAAGGUUAUCUCACCAACCGCCCCAAGCUUUGGGCUGAUCUCGAUCUAUCUAGCGCUACGAAGCCUGUAUCAAGAAGCUUUCUCGGCAAUGCUGUCCGCUACAGUCGCAACAUGCUGCACACAUUGACCGUCCACCGAGUACAGCAUACAGACAUCCUCCGUAAUAUUGCAACCGCUUGCAAGUACCUUCAUACCCUGACGAUACUGUCAUUCCCGUUUAAGAUAUCUGAUACGCUUAUUGAGAUGGUGCAGUGUGCACAGAAACUGAAGCGUCUCUCCGUAUACACCGAGAUUAGCACGGACACCAUGGGUCAAAUCUUGCGCAGACGACCGGAAUUAGAGCUCAUUGAUUUCAGAGAUAUCGUUGCAGUGGACCAACAACCAAUGAACUGGAAAGGUGGCCCGUACAGCAGACUACAAAGCAUCUCAUUGUGCAGCAAUUCCGAUCGACGAGUGCCAAACAGUCACAUCACGACUCUAUUACAACAAGUCCCCGAAUUGCGCUCAUUGAAAUGUGUGAACUGGGGUCAACUAAUGCCACCGAGCGGCAUCUACCCCCUCGGUGAAUCUCGCCUGACCAACCUUGUGUUGUCGCAGGUUGCCCUCAAUCAUUUCCCUAUCAUCCCGCAUACAUUAGAGAGCCUCAGCUACCACCCGCGAAUCGCUUCUCCGUCACAUUCUGGAUUCCAGGACAUGGUAACCGUCGAGAUGUCAUGCUCGCGCUCCCUCACUCAAUUGAAUUUGGGCGGCCUGGUGGUUUUAUUUGCCGAUUUUCUACCCAGACUUCUGGACUAUUACGUGGCGCCGAACGGUGCAGCGGGAGCGAACGCUUCGAGAAUCCCCAUCGAUGACGGGGCACCCUUACAACGCCUCUCUCUGAGCGGGAGUAUCGUGACAAACAACUUCGACGGAACACCUUCCGCCUUGGACUCUAUCCCCUCGAGCACACUCGUCUCCACUUUUCUAUCAACGUCACCACGCGUCCUAACACGCUCCUUGACUUCCCUGGAACUUCCUGGACAGCCUCUCACAGACGACGACAUCAGCAUCAUCACCGAAUCGACCAGUCUAACCACCAUCAAUAUCUCAAACACAAAGGUUUCUGGUUACGGAAUCAAAAAGCUCGUCGACGGAGCGCCUGCACUACGCUACGUCAAUGCCGAUUAUUGUCGAAACCUGAGUAGUAGAGAUGUGAUCGAGUAUGCGAAGGAGAGGGGCGUACACGUAAGCUACACGAUGGCUGAGCCGACUUAUGGAGCAAAGGGUCGGAAGGUGCGGUAUGGAUGA